AUGUCCGCACCAUUGGUAGUAUUGGGUAACCCACUUCUAGAUUUUCAAGCCGACGUGACGGCUGAAUACUUGGCGAAAUAUUCUUUGAAGGCCAACGAUGCCAUUUUGGUGGAUGCCAAGUCAGGUGACGCUAAGAUGGCUAUUUUUGACGAGCUCUUGCAGAUGCCAGAAACAAAACUUGUUGCUGGUGGUGCUGCUCAAAACACUGCCAGAGGAGCUGCCUACGUUUUGGGCGCUGGUCAGGUUGUCUACUUCGGUUCCGUCGGUAAGGAUAAGUUCAGCGAGAAAUUGCUUAACGAAAAUGAAAAGGCAGGUGUCAAGUCUAUGUACCAAGUCCAAAGUGACAUCGGUACUGGAAAGUGUGCAGCUUUGAUCACUGGCCAUAACAGGUCGUUAGUCACAGACCUGGGAGCUGCUAAUUUCUUUACACCGGAUCACUUAGACAAGCAUUGGGACUUGGUUGAAGCCGCUAAGCUCUUCUACGUCGGUGGGUUCCACUUGACCGUGUCUCCAGAUGCUAUUGUUAAGUUGGGAGAACAUGCCAAGAAGAACAACAAGCCUCUUGUUUUGAACUUUAGUGCUCCUUUUAUUCCUCAUGUUUUCAAAGACGCAUUGGCCAGAGUUCUGCCUUACGCUACUAUUAUCAUUGCUAACGAGUCCGAAGCUGAAGCCUUUUGCGAUGCCUUCCAAUUGGACUGUGCAAACACUGAUUUGGAAGCCAUUGCUCAAAGAAUUGUCAAGGACUCUCCAGUUGAAAAAACUGUCAUCUUCACCCACGGUGUCGAGCCAACAGUCGUUGUAUCCUCCAAGGGUACCAGCGUUUACCCUGUCAAGUCUUUGGACUCCUCCAAUGUUGUCGACACUAACGGUGCUGGUGAUGCCUUUGCCGGUGGGUUCAUGGCUGGGUUGACUAAAGGAGAAGAUUUAGAAACUUCCAUCGACAUGGGUCAAUGGUUAGCUGCUUUGUCCAUUCAAGAAGUUGGUCCUUCUUACCCUUCCAAGCAAAUAUUUUAUUCUAAAUAA